UCUCCGUGUUUCCUCGGUGCACAGCGGACUCUCUCCUCUCUCUCUCUUCGCGGUGUGCAGGCGGCCAGGUGUGUGCACCGUGACCACGCACCGCACCGCACCGCGCCGCUAUUUGGAUGUAGCGAACGGAAGGCGAUAUAACUCUACAGAGGGGGGGUGGGGAGGGGGGGGCUGGCCACGGGAACACCCUGCACGCGAGGAUGUUGCAGUGAUCGACAGCAGCUGUAUCGCACUCAGCUGUUGCUCGAGCAGAGAGAGUGGAGGAGCAACAGAAGAAGGAGAAAAAGAAGAAGAAGAAAGAGAGAGAGGGGGAGAAAAAAGGCCGAACUAUGAUGACUUUCUGCCGGUAACGCGUUUCCCCAUCUCCAGUCCACCGGGGAGCGCAUACAAGCAGAGGUUGCCACCGGAGCCUCUGCCUGUGUGUGUGUGUGUGUGUGUGUGUGUGUUGUUUGCCCCGUGCGUCGGUGCCGGUGGAGCCGGAGGAGCCGUGCCGAUGGAGAAGGCGACUCCGCCGCCCCAGCCCCAGCUCCAGCUGUCCAUAGCGAAGACCGAAAGUCCCGCGGAGGACAUCUCCGCUGUGACCGACGAGGAGCUGCUCCAGUGGACCCGGGAGGAUCUGGUGCACCGGCUACGGCGGUCCGAGGCCGACAAGAUGAGCGUGAUCCUGGACCACGGGAAUCUCAUCCGGGAGGUCAAUCGCAGCCUCCAGCUGCACUUGAACGAGAUCCGAGGGCUGAAGGACAUUAAUCAGAAGCUGCAGGAGGACAACCGAGAGCUGCGGGACUUGUGCUGCUUCCUGGAUGACGACCGCCAGAAAGGCAAGCGUGUAUCCAGGGAGUGGCAGCGCCUGGGACGCUACAGCGCCAGCAUCAUGCGCAAAGAGGUGACCCUCUACCUCCAGAAACUCAAGGAGCUGGAGCUCCGACAGGAGGAGGUGGUCCACGAGAACCUGGAGCUGAAGGAGCUCUGCCUGCUGCUGGACGAGGAGAAAGGGGUGACGGGUGGAGGAGGAGGAGGAGGGGGGGUUGGAGGAGGAGGAGGAGGGAGCGGCGCCGGGUUGGGAGGCUGCCGCAACUCCAUCGACAGCCAGAGCAGCCUCCUGCUGGUGCCCGGCCAGGGCCUCCUGAUGAGAGACGUGGGGGACGGGAGCAGCACCUCCAGCGCGGGGAGCGCCGACAGCUCCGAUCACCCUCAGCACAAGCCGCCGCACCUGGCUCCGGGGGUGGGCGGGGCCAGGAGCGGCGGCGGGGAGAAAGGGAGCCCCGAGCUUGCGCACAAGCCCCGGUGCAGCAGCAUCAGUGGAAUAGGAGGCGUGACCGGGGGAGACAGGGAGGCGGCCAGCCCCGAGCAUCCCGUCGGGCGCCACCGGAGCACGAGCCUGGAGUACCCGUACACCCUGCCCCAGCUGUGCCGGCCCCGCUGCGGCUCCAUAUCCGUGCCCGACCACAGCCGGGUCAUGCGGGGCCUCAGCCCGGAGAAAUACGGGAGGAACGUGGGCCGGCGCAGCCCGGAGCAGCGCCCCAAGCACCACAGCUCCGACCUCCUGCUGGGCCAGAGGCAGCACCUCCUGGGUCAGGGCGGCAGCGGGGAGCUCUACCAGAGGCACCACAGGAGCAGCAUCAGCAGUCUGGGCUGCGGGAGCCCCGAGCCCCGGCAGGCCCACUUGGGGGCCCCUGAGCAUCAUGAAAAAGGCUGCGCGGUCCAGGGGGGCAGCCCCGAAACCCACCGGCACCAGUACAGCCUGAGCCCCGACCACGGGAAGUUCGGCAGCCCGGCGAGAGACGGGCAGAGGAGGCCGGCGGGAGACGAGCUGUCGCCGCAUCACCAGGGCGCCUACAAUGGCAUGAAUGCUUCGACGCCUCCCCCUCCUGACCCAGACUGGACCAGCCGGGCUCCGAGGUCGCCGUGGUCGCCGUGGUCCAGCCCUCCUGCGUCUCCGGCCUCGGCAGACGCCAGAGCCCCGGGACGCCCUCCUCCUCCUCUUCCUCUUCCUCCACGACGACUCCCGGUGGCCCGCCGCCCGCGGCGCCUCCUUCCACGUCCACAGCCCUGACACAGCCUGCCUCCACGUUUUCAUUUCUACAUAUCGAGAGCUUGUGAGAAGAUGGUUUUUUUGGGGGGGGGGGGGGAAGUGGGGGGGACACCAUCAGUACGGUUGGCGAAUCUCGGAAAAAGAGCGCCGCAGCUCGAUGGAUUAGCGUGGAUAUCUCUCUCUCUCUCUUUCCCCUUUCCGACUGUGACACGGCCUCCUCCCACGAGAGCACCCGUAGAAGGUGUGGGGGGGGGGGGGGGCACGCCGGGGCUCAGCGAGAGAAGAGGUGGAGGACUCUCUGCUGCCCCUCUGUUUACAAAUGCACACCGUUGGCGGAGAAGCACAUGAAUUAAACUUUCUACACCCUGCCGUUCUCCACCGUUACCGUGUUCCUCUUCCGGCCGACCACUUCCCUCCCCUCCUCCUCCUCUCUCCGUCACGUUCAGAUAUCUGGUAUAUUAUAAUGUUCUGUGUCUCUCACAUACAGCUGAUCACAUGGUUGCCAUUGUCUUCAAUGUUUUUCAGACAUUUCAGCUGAGUUAAAAAAAAAUCAAAUCCAACAAAAAAGCACAUUUGUUAAAGAUGUUCUAGCAAAGAGAAAAAGAAAAAAAACCUCUUCCUGUGUCUUAAACCGCGACGGUCAUCAUUACAAGCUGCUGACAGGUGUUCUAGAUCUAUAAGAUGCAAUGUUCAGGUGUACUCUUUUCUUUUUUGUAUUAUCUUCUUCGCUCCCUUAAGCGCCUAUAUUGAAGCUGGGGAGAAGAUUAUACGUUUCUCCAUGUUGUUUUUUUACAAGGAAGUAAAGUCCAAGUAAAAAAAGUAGAUUAUUGGAUUAGUUUUCUAUAUAUCUAUAUAUCUAUAAAUAUAAUAUGAUUAUAAUUUUUGACUUACUGGUAUUAGAACUAUUAUAUGAAGAUGCAUAUGAUAUAUAACAAAUAAUAAACAGACUUCUUUAUGUAAAAGUG